GCGGCGAAUUUGCACAUUGGUCCCAGCGUCGCCAGGUGUCAUUUCCCAAGAAGCAGCAGAGAUGGCAGAGGAGCUCAAGGUGUUCACGGUCGACGAGGUCGCGGCCCACAAGACGACCGAGGACUGCUGGAUCAUCGUGGGCGAAGCCGGCGCCAAGAAGGUCUACGACGUCACCAAGUACCUCGACGACCACCCGGGCGGCCCGGAGAUCAUCCUCGACCUGGCGGGUCAGGACGCCAACGAAGAGUUUGAGGACAUUGGCCACUCGACCGACGCGCGCAAGGCGCUCGACAAGUACCUCAUUGGCUCGCUCAAGGAGGAGCCCAAGAAGGCUGCGGCCGCUAAGGCCGUCACCGCGUCCAAGGGCACCUCGGGCGGCAACCCGUCGCUCUUCCUCUUCCCGAUCCUCAUCGCCAUCCUUGCGCUGCUGUACAAGAUGAACAACUAGACGAUUAUGAUAAUGAUGAAAAAGUAUAGAUACAGACAAAUGUUGAGAACGGGG